CUUAAUGAAUGACAGAAUGACCGAAGAUAUUUACAAGCUUAUAAAUAUUUUCUUUUCAGGCGACAAACUAUGAAAAUAAACCAAAUAAUUACAAAAUUUUAUGAUUGAAAUUGGUAAGGUUUCUUUACUUUCGGAUAAAUUAUGUAUUUGUUCGAUAAUCGAGAUGUUGACAACAGAAUCUGACAUAGUGUCGAACAGACCUCCUCCCACGAAGGAGAGAACGAAAUAUAAGAGAGAAGGAGAUAGAAAGAGAGAAAAAGAAAGAAAAAGAACGAAAAAGGCGGCUGGCAUUGUGUAAAUAAAAAAUCUCGACUUGGUGUGUGCGCCGCGAACGGAGAGAGACUAAGCAAGAGAGAAAGGGAGAAAGAGCGAGAGAGAGCGAGAAGAGGGCGAAAAAAGAAGUGGCGAAAGAAAGGAAGCGUUCCCGGAGAGACAGAGGUGAGCUAAUGGUGAAGGAAAUGCUUUCGAUAAAGAGUGUUACGAUUUACGGAGCAGGAGUGCAAGUAUGAGAAAUGUGCUCUAAUAAAAAGAAGCUCAGCAGAGCUUUACACCUGUGCCAUACUUUAUUAAUGGAUGAUUAGAAUAAGACAGUGUGAAAAUAAAAUCGAAAAAAGUCAACAUGGUGCAAAGUAAGGUGUUGUGGUUUGUCUUAUUGGCAAUAAUAUCAAGUUAUGCAGAGGAGAAGCCAGUCAAGAGUCCACCAAAAUGUCAGUUUGGCAAGUCCUCAAGGAAACAGAUUCCAGUGACUCCAUUAAAAGAAAAAUGUUUAAGGGACAUGGUGAUGCAGUUAGCAGACAGCUUACAGAAUCUAACAGACGAGGAGCUUGGUGUGACAAAAUUCCAGACAAUGUUAGAUAAAUUAGAAUUUGUUGAUACAAUUACUAAGCUAAAUACAAGGCUGAAUGAUUUGACGAAGAAUUUAAAUGAUAAGCUUAAAAAGUACACAGAUUUGUUGAAGGAAAGUAACAGUGUGAUACAGCCAAUUCUGUUAAAACAGGAACAUGAUAUUUAUGCUUCUAAUCAAAGAUCUGACAGUAGAUCUUCGGAUAUUUGCGACAGAAUCACUGAUGCUCUUGCCAUGAAUAUGCAUAAUCAAGAUUGGAAAAAUUUACACAUACUACCAGUGAGUCAGCCAGGCACAAUGUGUGGUCCACCCAGUUUAGCUCAUUAUAUUGGACCAUUGCUCCUUGCUCAAUGCACUCGUACAAAGAAUGUCAUUUUACUUUUGGAGCACAAUUCCCUUUUUAUGUCAGACGAUGAUGUGACUCUUGCGCAAAUAACAGCCAAAACCAUUGUUCAUAUGCUCACUGAGACUGAUCGUGUAACUGUUAUUGGUAUGGUAGGAGCAGGUUCAACUUUGUGUCCAGAUCAGGGUUUGCCUCGAGCUACAGAUAUUCACAAAAUUAGGUUGGAUAGACACAUAGAUUCAUUGAUAAGAUCACAGGUUAACCAAAGUUUCAGUAUAGAUGUUAAGAAGAUUGUAAAGGAUUUGAGUGGAGAGUUGGUGAUCAUUCAUUUAACGAAUAAUUUGAAAGAUCACUCGAAUGUUAAAGCGAUAGCCGAGUCAAUAAAUAGCGAAAAAUUGAACGUUCAUCUGAGGACGAUUUUGAUACUUUCAAGUCAUCAACAUGUGAAUGUCAAAGAGUAUCCUGCCAAUAGCAUUGUUAUCACGUUACCUACGCAGCACAUGCUUGGUUACGAAAUCGCUAGAUUGUUUGCCGGAUUAAAAUGCAAUAAAGAGGACAUUAAGCCAUACUACUUAUCUGACCCUUACUUCGAGCCAUACAGUAAAGCAAUGAUGGUUUCUGUAGGCCAAAUAACUAAUGCAGCGCUGCUCUCGUUCGACGUGAAAUUGCGUGACUUUGUCGAAGAUAUUACGUACUUUGAUGCUGGACCCCAUCAAGUGCGAGCUUUAUUGGUGGAUAAACGUGGUAUGUUGUGGAUGCACAAGAAUUUCCCGAGGAUGGAGAUGAUCGUCGAACAACCGCUCAAAGUUUAUCUGCAUGAUUUAGAAAAUUUGGAUGAAAAGACUAUGACAAAGACUGGCAUGGCAGACCAACCAGAAGGUGUAGUAGAAACACCGACACUCCUCGGCUCAAAAAAGCGAAUUUACUGGCGUCACUUGAAUUAUUCCGACUUGAUCGCUUGUCUUGUAGUUUCACGUCUUGAUGAAGAUGACAUUCGCGUUCCUGGUAUCCGCACAGUACCAGCACUUCCGUCAAAUCUCUUUCACCAUCGUCUGGAUUUGGCACUCAACUCUAACAUGCGUCGAGAUAGUUUAUGUGUGUACAACAAUCAUAGAGUUGCAAGUCUCGAAGCUGGCGUUGUUUAUCUUUCGCCAUGGUGCUUUAAAUCACCUGUUGAGCAAAUGAAACAAUUGUCUAACGCUCCAGCUGUGACGGUGCAGAGUUACAUGGCUUAUAUUAAAGAUGUAACAAAGUUACUUACAAAUCCUGGAAUGCAGGAGAGUGUUAAGGCCGACGUUGCGAUGUUAGCCCAGAUUCUUGCUGUUUUUAAGGAGAGACACGUAACAAGUCCACUCGAUAGAUUUAUUGUACAAAGGUACGUGACAUCAGUAAACAAUGGAGUAUUGCUUGUCUACCCUGGCCUCGUGUUAGAUUCCGAUCUUGAUCCAAAGCGUCGUGCUUGGUACAUGAAAGCCAUUGAGCAGCCAGGUCGUAUCGUAAUCACUCCACCUUACCUCGAUGCAGGUGGCUCUGGAUUCGUUGUGACGCUGAGUCAAGUAGUGCACGAAGGACGCUCGGUUGGACUACAUUAUAAUAGUGAUCCUGCCGUUGCUGUGAUGGCUAUCGAUGUGACGUUAGGUUACUUAUCGCGGAUGCUGGAUAAUUUAUUUCCGCUAUGCUCUGAGACUAAUAUUAAGUGCUUCUUGAUGGACGACAAGGGAUAUUUGGUGUACCAUCCGUCGCUCUUGUUACCCUCAAGCAAAGUAGAACAGCAACAUUUGACUAACAAAGAGUUACUUGUGGCGAAUGACAUCCUAAAUCACGACUUCUUCGUGCAAAAGAAAAUGUGCGCUAGUCACAUGGACGGCACGACUCAACGAUAUUACCAGUUCAAUAUCUCUAUAGACGAGGUCCUUACCAACAUUGUUCAUGGUGAGCAUUGUGUAAUGUAUCAACUAGCUGUGGUACCUGGUACCAAUGUGUUCCUAGGCGUGGUCAACAUUACGUGCAACACACUCAAUGCAUUCUGCCCGUGUAGUACAAUGGAUCGUUCAUGCUUGAACUGCAAGCGUAUGGAGCAAACCGACUGCGAAUGUCCAUGCGAAUGUUCACUAUACUUAAGCGAAUGUCAACGCCAAGAAACUCCAACAAAUGCAAUUGAGGCUUGCCCAGCACCUCAAGAACAAGGUUUGAGUUUAGCCAUACCAUGGAUUCAGUCGUCAUUGAGUUCUCUAGGACCUUGUCAGCCAUUUAGCUGUAAAGCUUAUGCAACAAAGAAGAGUUGCUUGGGUAUAGUUGGUUGCCAGUGGUGCGAGAUCGAUAGCGAUGGCGAAACAACGUUACAGGAACCGUAUUGUGCCGAUUUGGCUGGGUGCUUCAGAGGAGUUUUUGGAGCAUCAAUACCAUACGGUGAUGGCAUUUAUAAUUCACAGUCCACGGAAGAAAUGAUAACAGGUGAAUGGCCAUCGGUUGGACCAGUUGCCGGUGGCAUUCUGGCGUUUGUUCUCGUUCUUGGAAUAGCACUCUUUUGCUAUAGGUUGCGUACCGUGCAUACCGGUUUGGAGCACCAGUGUUUACACAAUCAGAACUCGCCAGACACGUUACGUAUGACACAUUUGGAUUGCGACUUUGAGCCUGCAGAUCUGGAAAGAGAACCAAAAGCUAGCAUGGACUCGGCUUUGUUAAGGGAUGUUGUGGCGCCUAUUUCGCCGUAUCGAGUAUCCACUAAUUACAGACGACCUCCUGGUGGGGACAGCGAUCAUGGCUACAGUACAAUGACACCACACGAUGAUUCGGAGCAACAAACAUUCUCGGAACCAUUGCUGAUUCUCGCUGGUAAUCCAAAAGAUCUUGUAGACGGAGUGGUCCUAUCGGCGAGUAGUGCAACUCUUGAUUCACCAGCUACAUCGACUUCAACUACAGGGACGAUCAUCGCUCCACCCUCACCAACAACUAACAUUGGUUCGAGUAAUCGUGUGAUCGCAGCCGUUACCGUCCACCGCAACAUGGAAACGAAUUACUGUUAGUGAUCAUCCGCAUGACGAAUCCUAUUUUAGGUUUAGCAACUUCAUUGUAAAUUUGAGUUUAUUUUUUAAUUUCUAUUUUAUUCAUUGUGUAUACAACAUUUUUUUGUAUGCAUCUUUUUUCUCUUCUCUUUGAUGAAGUGAAAGUUUGUCUUCCAAAAUUUUUAUGUCGUUUGACAAACGCGUCCAAAUAGCUGUGAAACGAUGCAGCUAAUUAAGAAAAGAAAAGAAAUACGAUUUAUUGUACAAUAAUUGAUACACAAACCCGUAACCAUGAAGACUGCCUGAAAUUUUAUUUCUAUAAGUGACGAAAGAAGGAUGAGACUUUUUCCGCGCAUUUUUAAUAUUCAUCUUUUCAGUACUUACGUACGUAUCAUACGUUUUUAUAUACGUUUACAUUCACACAACAAUGCAGUAGAAUGAUAUUUCAUUGUACACAUUAAAAAGCCAAUAGUCAAUGUAUUUCGAAAAAUUGUACAUAUUUUCUCACACACAGCAAUCAUGUACUUUGAACAUUCGGUGCAUUUAUUAAUCAUUAAUUAAGAUUAUUGUAGAGAUUCGUGUAGAGAUAUCGUGAGUUUACAGAUACAUUUACAACUUGUAUGCAAUUUUGAUACAUGAUAAAACGCGUUAUUUAGCGUGAUGGAAACUCUAAAACAGGCAUUAUGUCGAAAGAAUUUAUAUAUGUGAAACGAAUGUGAAUUUGAAAGUAAUAAUAAUAAUACGUGCCGAUCCCUCUCUUGCAGGUCCUUUGCACUGCCUGUAUUGUCGAGAUUUUUUGUAAACCACUCUUUACAAUACCCAAGUACAAAAAUAAAGACAAUUCAAUCUUAAAAUGUGAUACAAUUUAAAAUAUUUAAAACAAAUAAAAAUGUUGUUCAUUUCUUCAGUUUGAUGAGUUUGAAAUCAAAAAUGAAAGUUGCUCUGUCGAAUGAGAUAACAUGAAAAAAAGUACCCAUUGAGUAUUCAUAUUCACAGUGCCAAAAUACACUUUGAAAAUGUAUUCGUUAAAAUGUAUUUUUCUACAUGUAUGGCAUGACACAACGUACAAGUGUAGAUUGCAAAUUUAUAUAUUAAACGAUAAAAUUUUUCGAUAUUUAGGAGCAAAGUGUUAUCGAAUAUAAUGUAAGAGUUUUAUAUGUUUAUUAUAUACACGACAAAAAAAGUAUCUUUAGAGCAUAAUAGUAAUUAAAAAAUAAGACGAAUUUUUUAUAUAGCCUGACACCAAUCCAUCUCGAAUAUAAUGCAUAAUUAACGAGUGAUAAGCGCACUUUGAUGUACUUAGACACACAUUUUUCUAUCACCGGCCUGACAUAUGAUAAUAAUAUUCCAACCGAAUUUAUACGAUAGUAAACCUCAGUAGUCUUGCCAAGGCAGUUAAUGCAGUAUGUCACUGUAGAUGAAGUAGUGGAAUACCGUUUGUACGUAAAUUUUUAGUAGUACAAUCAAUUCUAAUUUUUAGUUAUUACGAAGUAUUGAUUUAAUACAUAAAUGUUUGUAUUUUUUGUUCGUAAUGAUCUUCUAAUCACGAAAUGAAGUGUGCUUAAAUUACAUUUUUCUUUUGGUGCAUUAUAAUUUCGUCAGAUUUUAUAUUCAAAGUUUACUGUAGUUAAGGAAUAUUCAUUGUUGUAAA